AUGUCUUCUCAAUUAUCAAUCAAUACAAAAACCUACACUUUAAACAAUGGUCUCAAGAUCCCUGCUAUUGGUUUGGGAACUUGGUUGGCUGAUGAAGAAGAUGCAGCAUACAAAGCUACAUUGACAGCUUUGAAGAAUGGAUACAAGCACAUUGACACUGCUGCUGCUUAUGGAAACGAAGACCAAGUUGGUAGAGCCAUUGCUGACUCUGGUGUUUCAAGAGACGAAAUUUUUGUCACCACCAAAUUGUGGAAUGACCAACACAAGGACCCAGAAGGAGCCUUGGAUGAGUCUUUGAAGAAAUUGGGUCUUGAAUAUGUGGACUUGUACUUGAUCCAUUGGCCAUUAUCAGUUGAUCCAAAGACUGAAAAGCCAUACGACGACUAUGACUUUGUUGACACAUGGAGAAAUUUGCAAAAGAUUUAUAAAGAAGGUAAAAAAGUCAAGGCAAUUGGUGUUUCGAACUUUAACAAGAAGAAGCUCGAUAAACUUUUAAACUCCGAAGGCGUUAAUGUGGUGCCAGUAAUCAACCAAAUUGAGGCACACCCAUUAUUGACCCAGCCAGAUUUGUUUGACUAUUUGAAAUCAAAGGACAUUUACAUCACAGCUUACUCGCCAUUGGGUCAUGCAGAUGCCUCAACUUUGAAGAACAAGGUUGUCACAGACAUUGCCAAGAAACACAAUGCUAAUGCUGGUCAAGUUUUGAUUUCUUGGGGUGUACAAAGAGGCACUAUUGUCAUUCCAAAAUCCACCACCGAUGAAAGAAUCAUUGACAAUAUCAAGACAUUUACCUUGUCGCAAGAAGAUUUUGACGCUUUGAACAACCUUGAAAAGGAGGAAGGUGAAAAGAGAACUAACGACCCAGACUUUUUUGACUUUAAUGCCUAA